GUCUUAAACUCUCCGUGUCAGCGUCUGCUCUCUCUCAUCCAGCAGCAAUCAUAAUGGCUAAAAACAGUUCUGCCAGCAUGUUUGGUGGAGCCGGGGGAAGGGGCGCCCGGGCGUCCGUAUCGACCUUGGAUGGGCUGCGUAAAGUGCUGGGCAAUCAGACAGAAACAGAUUCCGCUCCCAUCGCCAAAGCCGCUGCUCAGCCUACAGCUUCCGCGGCUCUGAGCGGUUAUGACACUCCUGUCGCUCCUCUCCCUUCUGAGGACAACAAGCAGGAACUGCGGACCCUGAAUAAUCGGCUGUCCGGUUACCUGGACAGAGUGAGGCAGCUACAGAAUGAUAACGAAAAUCUGCAGAAACAGAUCGAUGAUAUUCUGGCCAAGAGGAAAAUACCCGAGGGACGUGACUGGGAUGAAAUCCUGAAACCUCUGGAUCACCUUAAAAAGCAGAUCAACGACAGCACUGAUGACAAUGCUAAGCUACUGCUGCAGAUUGAUAACAGCAAACUGGCCAAGGAGGACUUCAACAACAAGUUGGAUGAUGAGAAUAAAGCAUGCAUAGAAUUAGAGAAAGACCUGGAGGCCCUGAGGAGGACCAAAGAUGACAUCAAAAUGAACUGUGAGCAGAACAAGAAGGAGAUCGAAAUGGUGAAAGAGGAGCUCGAGCGUCUCAAGCAGGAACAUAAGAAUGAGGUCAAUUCUCUGCUUGAGAAGAUCAAGGACUCUGACGUGAACGUGGAGAUUAAGUCCCAGGACUCCAGCCUGGCUGACAUUAUCAAGAAUGUCCGCGUGCAUUAUGAUAAAAUCGCUGAGAAGAACCUGAAGGAGGCUGAUGACUGGUACAAAGACAAGUUUGAACCCAUCAAGGUAGAAGAGGCCAAGAACACCGAGACCUUGAAGUCUGAAACUAAUGAGCUCAAAAGUCUCAUGAAAAAGAAGCAAAAUGUGGAAAUUCAAAUUCAGGCCAGCAACAGCACGAUCCGCAAUCUGGAGGAGACCCUGAGAAACAUCAAAAUGGAGAACAGUCAACGCCUGGGGCCAAGCAACAAGAUCAUUCUUGAUCUGGAGAGGGAUCUUAGGAAUGUGAAGUCACAGGAGAAACAACAGCUGGAAAUCAACAAAGCCCUGCUGUGCAUCAAGAUGAAGCUGGAGAAAGAGAUCGAGCAGUACCACGAGCUUCUUUCUGGCUUAACUGCUGAUCCUGAAAGACCAGAAAAGUAA